GAGGAGUCUCUGAAAUAACUAUUUAAAGCAGUCUGUCCUGACUCAGCUCAGCAGUCUCCAGUCUACCAGCUGGUCUCUGUAACUUCAUCUUUGUCUCUGUGGUGUACAGUCUUCAGGUGAUGAUGGGGGUAUUGAAUCAUCUCUCUACUCUCCUCCUUCUCUCUCUCCUUCCUCCUGCUCUCUCUCAUGUAGUGGAGAGGUUUGAUCCAGAGUGCAAGAAGUUCUUCCUGAAGGGAACAACUCCAAAUCUCCCAGGUAUUUUGUAUGAUGGGAAAGUCCAGGACGAGGGCCGCUACAAGCUGAUCUGCCAGAAGUACAAAAACAUCUACAGGUUUGCAACUCUCUACGACACGUUCAACAGGAUCCCUGUGUUCUCAGCCUACACCUUCACUGGUCCUCCUACAGACCCCAGACCAAAACAACCCUGGAUGAUAGAGCCCCAGCUUGAAAAUAUAAAUAAAGAAGAGAUGAAAACCCAAUGUGACUUGAAUGUGCUUAAUAAAAACGUCAAACACCAGGCUGUGUACGCAGACUACAUAAAUAACAACAUGAGUCUGGACAGAGGUCACCUAUUCCCAUGUUCGUACGCACCUGGUGAUGCUGCCAUGAGGUCCACUUUCACCCUGACAAACGCCGUUCCCCAGGACCACACCUUCAACAAUGGCAGCUGGAAUAGAAUGGAGCGCAACGUCAGAAAAUAUCUUGAGGAGAACUGUAAGAUUAACAACAAGAGAAAGGCCUAUGUGGUGACUGGAGCGGUUCCCAACAACAACAAACUGAAGAACAGAGUGAACAUCCCAGAGCUCCUGUGGACAGCCUUCUGCUGUUUGGACAAGAUGACGGAAAAGUGGGUGGCCCAAGCACACUGGGGGGAGAACGUACCGGACACCGAGGGGAAAACAUUGAAACAGGAAACCUUGGGAGCACUCGAAGUCAAGUUGAAAAACAUCUACAAUGAUGAUGUCAAGGUGUUUCACCAUAAAUGUCCAAGAAACGUUAGUGUAUUAGAGGAUGAGACAGGGAGGAACUUGGAGACUGUAGAACAGGUUGGGAAAAAUAGGGGCAGAGAGCGGAGCGGAGUGGGGAGCAUAAAGAAUAAUGGUUAUAAUAAGGGUUAUAAUAAGGGUUAUAAUGGUUAAGUAAUAAGGGUUAU